UCUCAUCUUCAGCCGAGAUUGCCUAAUCCGGACCUUUCGCGCCAAGUGCUUGGGACGCUUUUGCUCUUCCUCGGCGCAACGACGACCAGUACGCCAACUCUCCCUUCUCCCUAUCUUCUCAUCUUCUUUUCUCCCUUUACUUUCUUCGUUCCAUCCUCCAUCCAUACUCGCGGCUGAUUGUUGCUUCUAGCCUUAUUCUUUGCUAUACUUUUUGCGCAGUCUACCCUUUCUUUCCGGAAUCGCCGGACAGGCAGACGCCUUCUUUCGCUUUCUUCUCCAUCGCCCUGAGUCGCAAGCGAGUUCAUCCAUCCCAGUGUUCAUUUCGACAGUCUAAUCUGGUCGCAUCGUUAAUUCAUCAUCCAAAAUGUCUUACAAACCCGACGGACCCCCCCCUUCAUACCCGCCUCCGGUUCACGACGCAGGCCCAUACCAUCCUAACUCGCCUCCUCCAGGUGGUGCCGGAGACUACUACAACCAGCAGGGCGGUUACUACCCGCCCCAGAACUACGGACCUCCUCCUCAGCAGGGUUAUGGUUCUCCCUACGGUUCUCCUCCGCCUCAGGGUCAGCCCAUGUACUACCCACCACAGGGAUACCCGCCACCGCAGCAGCAGCAAGGACACUUUGCCGGUGACCGAGGUGGAUCUAGCGGAGGCGGUCUCUGCGCCGGUAUCAUGGCUGCUCUUGCAUGCUGUUGCUGCUUGGAUAUUCUGUUUUGAUUUGUGAGAAGCGGUGAACAGAUGAGGACUUUUUUCGUGGGGAAUGUGAAACACGGUGACUCAACGGCAGUGCCAGUUGUCCUUGAAUGCUCGGUUGAGGUGGCUGGGGGAGCAAAGGUACGGGAUCGAUUUUGGAUCCACGAUUACCGAGAGGAAGAAUUGUCGUUGGCCAUUUCUCCUCUUUCUUUCUUUCUUUUUUUUUUU